AUGUACAGCAAUAGUAGCUCAAGGUCCGACUAUAGCGAUAACUCGAAUUAUUCCUAUAAGACCAUCGGCAACCCUCACGACCAAGAUAGCUGGGACGAAGCGCAAUUUGCGCAUUUCGAUUACCCCGAACCUAGGAUUUCAGCAGAGACCUACGCAUCUACCGCUUCAUCAAUCGAAGAUCCAGCUGAUGACCUGCCACCUUUUGAGGUACCCGAAGUCUCAGACUAUCCAUCGGAGACUCUCCCGUCUACAGCUCUUACAUCUUCGCCGGAGGAAUUUGCCGAGUACUUUCCCUCUACGCAAAUGCUCUCCAUCAGGCACGAUGAUACCACGAUCGAUGGCAACAUGAAUCUGCGCAUCGACACCGAGGCUCGGACACUGGACGGAGGAAAGACCGACCUCCAACUCUUCCACCUGCGCAUGCAUGACUUGAAGCGUCGGGAAUUUUCUCUCCGGAGAUAUUCCAGAGACUCUGGGCGAGAGGUCUGCCAUUCAAGUAGGAAAUACACCAAGCCAUCUGUCAUACGAAGGCCCGGACUCCAGCGGUCAAUGAGCAACGCUUUCUCAAGCUUGCGGUCAAAAUCUGAGAGCAAGACAUCUACAACGAUGAGCUUUAGAAGGCAUGACUCUGGCUAUGGCUCCUCGCACCAAGACGACAUAGGGGGAGAUAUAGCUAGCCAGUCACCAAGACCCUCGAGCAGCAUUCCUAUACCAACGAAUACCACGCAACUUGAAUUCUCGAAUUACGCACAUCUCCAGAUCGAACGUCGAGGGACCAAGACGUUCAAACGGUAUGAGAUUGAGUACUGGGGCAUCAAGUAUGCCUGGAAGCGAGCUGUCGCCGUAUCAAGCCGUUUCGAAGAAGUCUCGUACCACUUCAUCAACACGAAGACCUUAGCUCCUUUGGCACAUAUUGUACAGGCCCCCCUGACUGAGUCACAACAACGGGAAGAGACUGCAAAAGGGGGGUGGGUGCCGCCCUGUAGUAUGUAUCUCGAGGACUCGGUGCUCGACAGAUCGACAGAUCUCGCCGAUGUGGUCAUGGCAUCCGGUCUGGUUGCCCUGGUGGACGACUGCAUUAAGCGUCGGUGGCAUCAAAAGAGCCGUAUGCAAAUGACUGUCCCAAUGGUCACGAAAUCCCCACUCAGAUUGAACAUGGAUUAUGUGACACCCAAGCGUCUGAUGAGUGAAGUAUUUAACCGUAAGGAGAAGACCACUGCCCGACGUCCGACUCCCUUACGAGAGAUGACAUGCUGA